CUGUGUUUAAUUUUGGAUUAUUUUCCUUGUGCAUUUUUAUAAUUGCUUAUUUCUGUUGUAGGUACAUUUGAGAAUGUUUAUUGCGUUGCCGCUUUCUACUGCAGCCUGGGAUCGUGCCGUUUUCCAUUUGCAAUUGAGUUUGGUGAGGGGGUUGCGGUCCGCGAAAGAAAAUGUUUUGGACACCUAGAUUGUGCAGGAUUUGCGGUUCCGUAGCCCCGGUGACUUACCCCAUCUUCAGCAGUGCGAGUAAAGACGUGGAGAUCAAGUUCAGGAAGUGCUUUUCGAUCGGCUUAUACAUCGACGAUUUCAAGCCCAAGGAGAUUUGCGAUGAAUGUUUGUCGAAACUCAACAGUUUCAGCGACUUCCUCGACCUAUGCAUCGAAUCCAAUAAUCGAUUCGAGACUAUACUUUACGAGACAACCAAGUCGGAGACGGUGCAGGAGGAACAGUGGCAGACUGAGAUGCAGGUGAAGCUGUUCCCACCAGAUGAUGGGGUGAUCAUGAAGACUGAUGAGAUGGGCAAGGAGGUGGUGGUGGUCGAGAAGAACAUUUAUGAUCUGGAGAAUUAUAAUAAUCCGAACACAGUGUUGAGGCAUUCCAGUGAGUUUUACAAGAAUGAUGAGAUUAAUUUGGAAGAGUUUCAGUUGUACUCGCAGAAGAAGAAGAAUAAUUGGGAGGGGAAGGCGAAACCGUUUGUUUGUUCAAAGUGCGAUAAGGGUUUCAUGAGGAAGCUGAGUUUGAAGGCGCACAUGUCUUCGCACACAAACAUCAAGCCGUUUCGCUGCGAGAUUUGCAAUAAGGCGUUUCCACUGAGAUGCAAUUUGACUGCGCACAAGAAAGUCCACACCGAUUCUUUUCAGUGCAAAAGCUGCCUGAAGACUUUCGCUGCGCCCAGCAAAUUGGAACGGCACAUGAGGAUACACACGAACGACAGGCCAUUCAAGUGCGAGGUCGUCGGCUGCGGCCGAACCUUUACGGACAAGAGGAACUUGGUAGGUCACAGGGUAACCCAUUCUGAUGAUAGGAGCUUCAUGUGCGACGACUGCGGCAAAGGGUACAAAACCAAGAGUCAAUUGAACGACCACAAGAAGGCUCACACCGACAUCAGCUUUCCGUGCGACUUCUGCGACAAAGUGUUCAAAUGGAAAGCCAACUACCUUCUCCAUCUCAAAAAGCACACGGAUUAUCCGUGCGCCGUAUGCCAGGCGCGCUUCAAAAACCACAAACUGUAUCUCGCUCAUCGCAAGCAAUGCAUUUUUGAAACUGACUGAAACCAUUCACACAAUUAAUACAAACAUAUUUUCUUACCUUAAACGGAUGAUCAUCAUCUCGCUCUGCAUUUACCGAAUUAAUUUCCCUUUUUCCUACAAAACUCCAUCAAUGAUACACAAAAUAGCGUAUAGGUUUUUUUUUUAAUUA